CAAAUUGCGUCAUCAUAAGCCGCCGGUGAAUUGAACCCGUUAUUGAAAGGACUUCUCUCCCACUCCAACUCCAACUGCAAGUGCUCAAAAUCUCUUAAAUCUCCGGCUGUCACCGACAGGGGCACAGGGCGUAGCAAAUAAAGAAUCAAAUUCUACUUAAAGCUACUAAAUUUGAUUCCGAGAGCGAUGAGGAGUACAAUCACAAUAGGGAGAUCUCUGCAGUUUUUUAUUUUCUAUUUCUCGGUUUUUCUUCUUCGAUCAAUUACAGGACUAGCAGACAGCUCAUCAACAUCAAAUUCCGAGAAUGGAAUGGAAGCUGUGAGUAAGAAGUCAUCUAGUAGAUCUGUUGGAUUGGAAAUACUCCUCAUAUGCAUUGGGCUGUUGGCCGCAAUUGCAUUUUCUGUUUUCUUAUUCAAGCUGUGGCAAAGGAAGAAGAGAGAGGAGCAACAUGCGCGUCUUCUAAAGCUUUUUGAAGAAGAUGAUGAGCUCGAAGUCGAACUUGGUAUCCGUGAUUGAGAUUGGAUUUUUUUCUUGUGUAUUCAGAUGUAAUUAGUGGAGCUUCAUUGCAAAUCUGACUCUCUUUUCAUCAUGUCGUAGAUGGUUCUACUUUUGAGGUUAUUUACGAAAGGCAAGUUUCUUGCUUUCUUAAUUUCUACAGGCGUAUCUUUAUUUAUGGAUUUGGUCGUUGAAAUGUUUGAAGUUGAUCGAAUUGUUCAAAUAUUUACAUAUGAUGAAUGUUCUAAGGUCUUAACUGUAA